GGGAACAGGGAGAAAAGCACCCGGCAGCCGCCAACUCCUGCGCCCCAGCAGCCUAGCCCCGCCGCUGCCGGCCUUCUCCUCCGGGGCGCAUUCCCGCCGGAGGCGCUCUCGGUUGCAGCCGGCCCUGUUCAAAUCUCCUACUGCCCCCCGCCCCCGGGGAAAAGGAAAAAAAAAACACCUCUGGUGGUUGGGGGGCUUCUGGAGCCCGGGGGGGCAGACUGGGCAGAGGCGAGCGCCUGACUCUUGCCAAGAGGGGAGAGACUCCAGGCGGGGUUUCUUCGCCCCCCGGUUUUUGCGAAAGAGUUGAGCCCCUCUCCUUCUCCUUCUCCUUCUCCUUCUGCCUUCUUGCUUGCAAUCUUCCAUUCCGCCGGCCCGCCCCGCCCCGUCCAUCCCAGCAGCCUCGACUGGAGCAUGGCUGCCCUCCCUGGGACCGUACCAAGGAUGAUGCGCCCAGCACCCGGACAGAAUUAUCCCCGCACCGGUUUCCCCUUGGAAGUCUCUACUCCUCUGGGCCAGGGCCGAGUCAACCAGCUCGGGGGAGUCUUCAUCAACGGGCGGCCGCUGCCCAACCACAUCCGCCACAAAAUCGUGGAAAUGGCCCACCACGGGAUCCGGCCCUGCGUCAUCUCCAGGCAGCUCCGCGUCUCUCACGGCUGCGUCUCCAAAAUCCUCUGCCGCUACCAGGAGACCGGCUCCAUCCGACCCGGGGCCAUCGGCGGCAGCAAGCCCAGGCAGGUCGCGACUCCUGAUGUGGAAAAGAAAAUCGAGGAGUACAAGCGGGAAAACCCCGGGAUGUUCAGCUGGGAAAUCCGGGACCGGCUCUUGAAGGAUGGCCACUGCGACAGAAGCACGGUGCCCUCAGUGAGUUCGAUUAGCCGGGUGCUCCGAAUCAAGUUCGGGAAGAAAGAGGAAGAGGAAGACUGUGAAAAGAAAGAGGAGGAUGGCGAGAAGAAAACCAAACACAGCAUUGAUGGCAUCUUGGGCGACAAAGGAAACCGGCUGGAUGAAGGCUCUGACGUCGAGUCCGAGCCGGAUCUGCCCCUCAAGCGCAAGCAGCGUCGCAGCCGGACGACCUUCACCGCCGAACAGCUGGAGGAGCUGGAGAAGGCCUUCGAGAGGACCCACUACCCAGACAUCUACACGCGAGAAGAGCUCGCCCAGAGGACCAAACUCACCGAAGCACGAGUCCAGGUAUGGUUUAGUAACCGGAGAGCACGGUGGCGCAAGCAGGCAGGAGCCAAUCAGCUGGCUGCUUUUAACCACCUCCUCCCAGGGGGAUUCCCGCCGACCGGGAUGCCAACUUUGCCCCCCUACCAGCUGCCGGAUUCGACCUACCCAACCACCGCUAUUUCCCAAGACGGAGGAAGCACCGUGCACAGACCCCAGCCUCUCCCGCCGUCCACCAUGCACCAGGGGGGUCUGGCAGCCGCUGCCGCCGACUCCAGCUCAGCCUACGGGGCCCGGCACACUUUCUCCAGCUACUCCGACAGUUUCAUGAACCCCGCGGCUCCGGCGAACCACAUGAAUCCUGUCAGCAAUGGCCUCUCUCCACAGGUUGCAAACGCAGGCUUCCAUGAUACAGAAGACAUGCUAGUCAUGAGCAUCCUGAGCAACCCCAGCGGGGUCCCUCCGCAGCCCCAGGCCGACUUCUCCAUCUCCCCCCUCCACGGCGGCCUGGACACGGCCAACUCCAUCUCGGCCAGCUGCAGCCAGAGGAGCGACUCCAUCAAGUCCGUCGACAGCCUCUCCACCUCCCAGUCCUACUGCCCGCCCACCUACACCACCACCGGCUACAGCGUGGACCCCGUGGCCAGCUACCAGUACGGACAGUACAGCCAAACUGCUGUUGACUAUUUGGCCAAGAACGUAAGCCUGUCCACACAGCGUCGAAUGAAGCUAGGAGAGCAUUCGGCCGUGCUGGGCCUCUUACCGGUCGAAACGGGCCAAGCUUACUGAUGGCAUUCACCCAUCUCGGUGCUUCUACACCUGCCACUAAAGAGAAGAAGAAUCCCACCUCAGCCACCGUCCUUCCAAGGAUCCACCACUAGCCACACCCUGCUCCUUCCAGAACCCAGAAGAACGCUGGAUCCGUGCCAUCUUGCGUCCGACCUCGAAGGGCCAAGGGGAUGGGAAAGAGGAGAACUCUCCACCGUUCAAAUCCUUACUGCGCACACCUGUUACAAAACAAUCUGCUCACGGUGACUUUGAUGCCUUCCGCGGCCAGAGACGACGAGUUUGGUCCAAUGAGUGUUUCGGUGUUUUUGCUCUCUCGGCCAGUUGUGUGUGCAGCCAGUGCUUAUGGGCCUUCCAUUGAUGUCUCAUUCGGCUUAGUCGCUGUGGAAUCUGUUUACUUUGUAAUUAUAUAGAUAGAUAGUUAGAUUUUUCCUUUCUUUCAUGCCCCCCUCCGCCUCCUCCAUUUUGUUCUUGUACAUGAUCAGCUGUGAAGGAGGAAUCCUGUUGAUUCGUAAGUGUUGAUCGGGGGACCAAAUCGGAGAGGUCGUGACCAAAUACGGAGGACACCCAAGACCGAGCGAGCGAGGGGGCCACCAGUUUUCCUAUUGAUCCAUACCAGACGCCAAGGACCAGGUCACCAGAUGUGGGGAGAGAUUUGAUGUGUGUGUUUUCAGGGACCACUCUAACUGCAAGAUCAUGGGAUGGAGUUUUGAGAGUGCUGCAAGUUAGGAGUGCUGAAUGCCAUGCAGUUUCCUUCCGGAGACUGACUGCUUAUUCCACUGGGAUUGGGUGCAGAAAAACAGAAGCCAUCCAAACAGCAAUAAGACCACCUGGUAGCAAUAUGGUCAACCAAGAUGGGCAGCAAUGGUGGGUUUCCCCCCCAAAGUUUCACCUUUUGCAGUCAUGUGGAAGAGGCCCAUCAAAAGAGGUUGGCUCAUGGUGGGUUCCUUAACUCAAACUUGGGUGGCCUACUGAAAUCUCAGGUGUAUUGAAUCUGUUCCUCUAGAAAACACAGCCACUGCCCAAUGGCGGGGAAUAUCAGUAUGGUUUGGGGUUGGCGCUGGUAGGGAGGAAUCCUUUUGCCGGAGAAUCUGUGGCCAGGAAGGUGGGUGUGCCCCUUGUUGUGUGGGAGGCAACCUAUCCUUAUUCCACGAGAGACCAACCACAAACCACACUCCGUUAGCAUCAGGGGCUGGACAACCCAGUUACUGGCCAAGCGCUGCCAGCACAGCAGGUGCUCUAGGGCUGACCCCCAGGGCCCUAGAGGAAGACCUUGUCUAAAUGGACCAGAGGUCUGAUUCUAAGGAAUCUUUCUGGGAUGCCCCACUAAAAUGACCAGUGCUCCCUCCUGUGAUUAAAACCACACACCCAGAAGCAUCCACGGCUGGGCCUGUUUAAUAAAGAGGAAUCAUUUCUUGUAUUCACAGAUUACGAGAUCACCAGUGAAACAUUUUGUAGGCAAAAAUUCAAGUCAGGGAUCUGAGGAAUAAUGGAAAGAUGAGGGCAAACGGAACGCGAGAGAGGGGAAAAUUAGAUUCUCAACCAAUUUCAAGUUCAGAGGUAUUUUUUUCCCCUCCUCAGAUUCAUUUCAGCUGUACCUCCAACUGUCUGCCGAUCAUCUUCCCCUUGAGAAAUUACUAGAUAGGGUGAAAGGCAGUUUCCAGUAGACAGAUUUUGCAUUGGGCUCUGUCCCCAGACCUCUCCAAAAUCUCUCCCACCCUUCCUACAAUAAUUUCUUGUUCCUAUGGUCAUCUGAAACAAUACUUUAACCUGGGAUUAAUUGCCUCCCUCAGAACAGGUACUUGCUCCUCAGACUGGAGCAAUUCAUAGGCAGCAGUCUGGACAAGGGGCAAGCAUCCUCCCUGGCUUUGGGAGCUCUGCGUGCUCUCAGUUUUCAUUCGUUUGCGAGUAAAACAUGCAAUCUCCUGCAGGGAGCAUGAUGGCCAAGGAUAGGACAGAUUCUGUCCCUACUCAGAUCCAGAGCAAGGGGAGAGGACCAGCCAUUCUAACCAGCAGACACUUUGCAAAUGGUCACAUUCCCUGCCUUCCUACCUGCUCUUUUACUCACACGCUCCUGAAAACUGGGAGUGUGCACAAGCUCUUGGAUCUACCCAGUUUACGGUUGUGUGAACAAGCCCGCUCUCUUAGGGACAGGACGGAAAUGGCUCCCGAUUUCCCACCCUUGUGCCCCGUUCCCAGUUUCCUUGUCUCCUCAUAUUUGUAUAUAGACUAAAACAGAUGGUGAGACAUCCCAGGCCCUGUUCUGUGCAGGAUCAAGGAUUUCUGAGAGAGGGUUAGGGGCUGGGGAACUUCAGACGAGGAGGGCCCGAUGGCCCCAGAAGAGGUUUGUUUUUAAGAUGAUGUCUUAGCAAGAGAGAUACUGCAGGUUGGUUUCAACCAGAAGACUGCCAGGCUCCUUUCCAACGCGGACACUCUCUAUGAUUCUAUCAACACUGAGAAUCUUAUAGAUGCGAUGGUACGAUGCUAGUCCUCAGUGAGGCUGGCCACUUCCCUUUGCCCUUAGAAUGCACAAACAUCUAAGCCACUGCUGUUCAUAAAGAGCUGGGAGGAAUAAGGAGGAGGGGGAAAGGUUCCCAGUGCUAAGGCAGGUAGCUGAGGUCUUGAUAGUCAGAAAUCACACUUAUGGGAAUUAAUUGGGAACCUCCGUCACGUGGGGUCUGUUCCUAGAAAGUUGGCAUUCUCUCUCUCUCUCUCUCUCCACACAGAGCGUGCUGUGCUAGUUUUAUGUAUAUGUGUGUAUGUGUGUGUGUAUAUACACACACACACACACACACACACACACAUAUACACUUGGAAGGGAGCUAAAGGUUAGAUUUUUAUUUUUAUUUUUAUUCUUUUGCAUAUUGUAUCUUUUUAAAAAUACAUUCCACCAGCAGCUUUGGGGAUUGGGACAUGCUUGCUUGGGGGAAGAGGAGGAGAGUGCUUCUGGUUUUUUGUUGGUUUUCUUUCUUUUCUUUUAAAGAAUAUUAAAUUAGUGGGUCGAAGCAAUCCAAAGAGAGUUGGGGGAAUUGACUUCUGUUGUUUUCCCUUCUGAAGGGUACGAUGCCAGGAACUCUGGGGCAGAUUCCGAACAAAGGUGGAGGGUAGGCUGCCAGCAAAGACCUCUCUCAGUAGAGCCCAAGGUCAAGCAGAGGGCUCGAUCCGGACAGAGCGGACAGGGUGCACCCCCCCCCUCCCUGCCCGCUCCUGCCUUGCUGUGGGGCAAACAGUCUUUGAAACUCCUCUUGUCUGCAAAGUGCUUGCUGAGCGACUUGGCAAGGGAGCUACUCCCUGGGAAACACAAGCUGAGUUUUCCUUUUGCAUGUGCAGCACGAGCCUCACAGUUCCUUACAUCCGGUCCAGCCUUGGCCCUCGCCAGAAUAUACACAGUCCGAGGAAGGAAAUUCAAAAUAAAAUGUAACAUUUAUCUGACAUUUUUGGCCCCGUAAGACUGAACCAAAAUGAUCUCAAUUUACGCAUGUGUAGUGUAGGAACAGAAGGGGGCCACUUUUUAACACCCGCCAAACAGAAUGCAGUUUCGCUACUGAUCAUUUCCCUCCUUCGUCUCCCUCCUCGCCCUCACUGGCCUUCGCUUUCCCUCCCACCUUGCCUUCACUGCCCUUGGCUUCACAUUGAUUGACCCACAUUUGCUGGUCAAUGACCGAAUGAACUUAUAACUUACAGCUUGAUUGACCCACGUGCCACAUUGCCGGACAAAUCCGACUGGCCAUGCUGAUGCAUGUGAACUCUUUUUCUCAGUGCCAUCACAGUACCACAGCCCUCCAGUGCGAACGGUUUUGGGUUUGGGUGAUCCUUCUUAAAAAGAAAAAGGCUGUGCUAAACCAACAACCCAACCACAGCGAUGCAUUCCAUGUCGAUUGACCAUUCCAGUGGAGAACUGACCAAGUUCUUACGAUGCUUCAGCCUGAAUUCCCUGUCCCCGUCCCCCGCCCGGCACACGUUCAAAAGCUUCCCGGCCCAGACUGUGCCAUUCAUUCCCAUAGCGAGUUUCGGUGCCGCCAGUCGGUUUGUGGAGCACGUUCGAGGGUUCAAAGGGCUGCUCGGGCAUUAUCUGGUUGUAGUCCUUGCAACACCCUCCUUCCCCCACCCCCCCGUAAGGUAAGUGAGCACCAUUGCCCCCAUGUUACAGGUGGGAUGACUGAGGCCAAGAGAGAGUGGCUUCCCUCCACCUGGCUAGAAAGGUCAUAGCAGAGUCCCAAUUCACGAUGUGCACAUUUUUAAAAAGCCAUGCUUGGAUCCAGAACGCCCACAGGAAUGAGUAUGGAUAAUGCUCAUUUAGGCACCCAUGAGUGGCUGCAUCCCUACCUAUGAAGCUGGGCUGCAGCAAUUCACUAGUUUCAUUUUUCUUGGGAAGAAACCAGGAACAGACUCUCAUCCCCUCCUCCGUGUCUCUCCCCCGUCCCCAGAGUUGUGUAUUCUUCUCUCCGCCGCAUCUGCCCACCACGGUUCCCCCCACCCACCCCCGGAAGAAUCCUCCUGCUCAGAAAAUGUUGUGUAUUUAAUGUUUCUAACGCGUCAUCCCUAACACCUCCAUAUACCCAGAUCUGGAGAGAUAUUAUCUGUAGCACAUACCUUAUUCCUAGUACUUGCAGAUAUGUUGCUUCCGUGUUCGAGUCAUAGCUAAUUUUGCUCCAUAUGUACACGUGCGUGAGUAUACAUCUGUAUGCGUGGCAAGGAGCGAGUGCACACUCCAGGGUGUGGGUGUGUGGGUGUGCGUGCGCGAGUGUGUGUGUGUGUGUGUAUGUAUAUAUAUAUAAUCACCCCAUAAUUUAUUCAGCUAUAUGGAGUACGUAGAGUAGAGAAAAAGAACCUGGUAUUUGCUUUAACUACCUGCUGCCUGUAGAUGUCUCUCUCUCUGUAACUCAGGCGUAACUGUUAUACAUUAAAAGAUGAGAAUUAAAUGCUA